CUGACACAGUUUUCACCUGUACCGUUACUUUCCUUCAAGGCAAGAUGCUGUCCUAUCGCGUUCAUUGCACCUUGGCUCUCUUUGGGUUAGUCUUUGCUUUUUGCUGUGUCAGCGCUGUAUCGAACUCAGACCUUCGAUUCAGGAGGUUUCUACAGAAGGCAAAAGCUGCAAGCCUAAGUACACGGGACUCUUCUAAAUAUGCAUUGGAGGACCUUAUCUCCCAGAUUGCUCAGUCUGACAAUGAAGCGCUAGAGAAUGAAAUGUCUGUGUUGGAUGAGAACAGUGAUGCCCGACUUGAGCUGGAGAGAUCUGCCGACAUGGGGAAGGUAAUCCCUCCCAGAGAACGUAAAGCAGGAUGCAGAAACUACUACUGGAAGACCAUCACCUCAUGCUGAUCCUCAACUGCAUGGCCUGGCACCCCACUUUCUGCACUGAGAUGCUCAACCCCUUCAGCAAAUUCUGACAUCUAAAAUGUGUACCAAAAAAUAAUUAAAUUAAAAAUAUUUUAAUUUCAUUAAAC